GUGACGUGUAGGCUCAUGGUGUGUACCAGCAUAAUAUUAUAAAAGAACGAUUCAAUGUCAGAACUGAAUUAUUGUAACAAUCGCAGUCCAGCAACACAGUAGUGUAGUCACUGUUUUCUUUGAUAUCCAUUCGUUGCCCAUAAAAAUCAAAGUUUAUUUUUCGUUGUUAAAAAAUGACCGUGUACAAACUCACGUAUUUCAAUUUUCCUGCACUGGCAGAACCAAUCAGGUUUCUCUUAUCUUAUUUGGAAAUCGAUUUUGAAGAUGUUCGGUUCGAAGGCGAACAAUGGCCAUCAAUCAAACCCACGAUGCCAUUUGGUAGAGUCCCAAUUUUAGAAAUCGAUGGCAAAAUAUUGAAUCAGUCGGUAGCCAUAACUCGUUAUUUAUCGAAAAAAGCCGGAUUAGCAGGUAGCGACGAUUGGGAAUCUUUACUGAUGGAUAUCGCUGUUGACAACGUUAAUGAUUUGAGACAAGCUAUUUCACUGACAGCGUUUGAACCAAAUGAAGAAGUUAAAGCUAAAAAAUAUAUAACAUUAAUAAACGAAACCAUUCCGUUGUAUAUGAACAAAUUUGAAAAAACUGUGGAGGAAAACGAUGGAUAUUUUGUAAAUGGAAAGUUGUCUUGGGCUGACUUGCACUUUGUAGCUAUUUUAGACUUUUUGAACUUUAUGGCAAAAGUGGAUAUACUAGAGGGUCGUCCAAAAUUACAAGAACAUAAGAAAAAAAUAUGGGAAAUACCUCAAAUUAAAUCAUGGAUCGCCAAAAGACCUUCAUUCGCCAAGUCGUUAUGAUGAUUCAAAUAAUAACUAAUUUUAGGACUGCUGGUAGUUCCUAUCAGGGCAAUGGUAUAAAAUUGAUUUUACCCAAGUGACUAAUGAUAUUUUAUCGGGGGUUCAUUAUUGAUUUCCUUUUUUUAUUUCUUCCUUACUCAGAUAAUUCAAAAUUCAUUCUGGUACUACAUAUACUGAACAAAAACUUUUAUGAUAAAAUUUACGUUUUAAGAUUUGUUGAUAAUAAUAUAAUAUCUUCGAAUGGCAUGGGUAUGUAUUUGAUUAAUGAUUUUAUUCUAUUGUUCUCAUAAUUUAUAACUUUUGUAAUGAGUUUAUUUAUUAUUUGGUUUUAUUUUAUUUAUUUAUCAUAAAAUGAUUUUUAAUAAAGUAUUAUAAGAGCACCUUAUAUUAGAAUAAAUAAUGUAUGUCAACCGGUAUAAUAACGACAUUGUAUCAAAUAAUACUGAAUACUUAUUACUUAUAAACUAUAAUACUGUAUGUUAAAUUCAAUAAAAAUAAUAUUUGUAUUUGUAUAA